CGGCACAGACACACACACGCCUUAGACCUGUGCUAAGAAACACAACCACCUUAUCAGAUGAAAAUGUACACAGGUUGCUGUUUGUUUAGGAUGAACAGAUUUUUCUCUUGCUGCAAACAUUUUUUGGGGGUGAAAAAGCUCAACAUAAUCCACAAAGAAAAGACUGCUAAUAAUUCUCCACAAUCAUAGAGUCCGCCCUUUUCUUUUGCAGUGUUCUCUUUCCGUUAUUGCACCUUUUAUGGAAAUGUAUUCUAGUAAACAAUCUCAGCAAUGUAUUUUUUACAAAUGGACUUCAGGAAAAAUGUGAAAAUGCUCCUUUUCAGCCUUGAUGACAAACCCAUCCUGAAAUGUCCACUGUGACUGGCUCUGCAGUAGAGGCAGCUGGCCUGUAGGAUGCAGCAUUUCCUCAUGGAUGAGUGAGAACUUGUGGAACAACUGUGACAUUCCAGAAUGUCUGGGAUAUUCACUGGAAAUCUCAUGGACUAGACUCUAUGCCAUUGGCCAUACUGGCAUAGGCCUGUCCAUUUUAUCAUAUGGUACAUUUUAAUAACCAUACACCUACCUUCUCACCGAUCUGAAAGAACAGGCCAGCCAGAUGAAUGCAAACCUUUUGCAAACCUUUGGCAUUUGCUUUAUUGCAGAGGCAAGGAGAGAAGGCCACUUUAUUAAUACGCAACCUAUGACCAUAUAGGAAAUAACCUCAAAUGAUGUAUAGACUGCUGUCUAGUCCAGUGACACUACACGGUCUGGUCAGUACAGGGUAGGGUACUAAUAGGCUGUGGUAUCCAAUGAAAGUCAAACCCACUCUCCACAGGUUUUCAAGGGUACAGUAUAUUCAACCUAACUUCCAUUUCCCCUGAAAAAUGGAAGUGGGAACUCCGUUUAGGCAUCUUUUUACGCCUGCUACCUAGGCAAGCUGGAAUAUUGGUACAUUGUGUGAGGUAACCAGUACGUCUAGAGAGACAAAUUAAAUACUACUAAGGCAUUCAGUGUUGUGGUUCUGACCUAUUACUCAAUUGCACUUCCUAAUGCGCCUGCUGCAAAUAAUGAAAGAAUCUGGAGAAAUUUAGGCUAUAUAAGUUUAUAGGCCUACCCCACAUGAUUAAUGUAUCUGUUUGGUCCUCUGACAAACCAAUAGGCCUAAUUGACUUCUCUUGAUGGAAAUCAGCAGGCAGUAUCCUUUCAGCUGACAUGGCAAAACAUUUUUGGAGUGACAUCCAAAUGGACCAUACAUAAUUGAGAGAUAGGGGUAGCGCCCAAUAGGGAUCAAACAAAAUAUAUCAGAUCUCGAAAUCCUUGCAUUGUUUUUAAAUGCGACAUGUUAGUGGAGAAGCUGCAGUUUGGGCAUUUGGAUCUCAACCAGUGCCACUUCCCUCUUUCCAAUUACGACGAAAAGGCACAACGCUCACUUUGCCUUGCAAUCUUUACGAGGCAGCUGCAAGCCCGCAGACGACCCCACCAGAGACUGUUUCAGCCAGACACUGCGCUGUAGGUGGAUUUGUUCGGUGUUAGGAGGAGAGAGAGCAACUCUAUAGCAGUAUCAUCUCCUGCAGACGGCAGACUUCAACUCAGAAAUAAGAAGGGCUUUGAAUUAAGCACCAAGGAGCUACAGACAGCAGCUGUGCAGGCUUUGGAGAGGGCGGGAGGGAGGAUGACUGUUUUGUAUCUUACAGGCAUGGGCUAGGAGAAGGGGGAGGAGGGACAGAGAAUGAGCUAUUCUUGCACCAGCAGAAGCAACAGCCGGGACCGUUGAGCGCUAAGAAGUCCACCGGUAAUAAUCCUGGCAGUUGCUGUGUCAGAAGAGAUACCGGAGGAAGCGGCAGUAACAACAUCAACGGCCACUGCGAGCCCGAACGCAAACCAGAACCCAACAGCAGCAAUGAAAGUAAAAAAAGGCAGCAACUCAACGGAUGUGGGGGUACCGGCGACCACGGAAGAGGAACUGCUCGGGAACAUGGCGAUCACUCCCGAGGACGUAUUGGGCUUGCAGAAGAUCACCGAGAACUACUUAUGUGGGCCAGGUGAGAAUGUGUACAGCAUUGACUUCACCAGGUUCAAGAUCAGAGACAUGGAGACAGGCACAGUGCUGUUCGAAAUCACCAAACCUCCUCAUACAGAUAAAGCAGGAGAUAAAAGCGUCAUUGAUACAAACGCCGGGAGGUUUGUCCGCUACCAGUUCACCCCCGCCUUCCUCCGGCUAAGACAAGUUGGCGCCACUGUUGAGUUCACCGUAGGAGACAUGCCCAUAGAGAACUUCCGGAUGAUUGAGAGGCACUACUUCAGAGAGAAGCUUCUCAAAAGCUUUGACUUUGAGUUUGGCUUCUGUAUGCCCAGUAGCAAGAACACUUGCGAACACAUCUAUGUUCCCCCUCUGUCUGAGGAUAUCAUGCGAGAGAUGAUCCUGCACCCGUACAAGACACAGUCCGACAGUUUCUACUUUGUGGACAACAAACUGGUGAUGCACAACAAGGCAGACUACUCCUACAGUGGCGGCGGCCCAUAGAGGAUGGAGGACCAACCAGGCUCUUGCAGACAGACAGACAGACAGACAGAGGGACCAUGUUACUCAGUGUUAACAACCUACUGAUCCCAUGCUCUCAUCCUCCCUCUCAGCCCUAUGGAAAAGCUACAGAAACACCACUGUACAGGCCCACCUCGAACCCAGUUGCUGUGGUGUGUGUGUGUGUGUGUGUGUGUGUGUGUGUGUGUGUGUGUGUGUGUGUGUGUGUGUGUGUGUGUGUGUGUGUGUGUGUGUG